UUCUACAAGCAUAGAUUUUUUAUUUUUUUAAGUAUCAUUAUUAUAUAGUAUCUAAACUAUUAGCAACCACAUUUCAAAAACUGAAAAGCAAAAAAUAGUGUUGACAGUAAACUAAAUUCAUAAAAUUACAUUAUAAACAGUCUGUAUUCGAGGCCAACGGUAGACUAGUUGCAGUUAUUCAACCUACCGUUAAGAAAGAUUUUUUCCUCGACUUUUAUCACUAGCUAAAUUACAUUUUCAAUUUCUUUUAUAUCUUUGAAACCACUUUUUCCUCAUUUAAAUGUCUUCUUCAGAGUCGGACUCCAGCGUUUUCGCCGAGGAGGAUGAAGAUGGGAAAUUAUAUCAGUGUAGCUAAGUUUAAACGGGCCAGCAGCCAUGUUUCAGCGUAUUGUUUGUUCAUGUAAUUUUUCAUAGAAACACCAUAAAGUUUGUAAGAGAUAAUGUUGCUGUCAGCCGUUGUAAUUUCCACAGGUGGCUCUGUAUAUAAGUAAAAUGCUACAUUGAAGUUUGUGUGUCUUUUUUAAGGGAUUUUUGAAAUGAGCAUCGGAGAAGACAACAGGGAGGAGACAGAACAGACUAAAAUCACGUCCAGCUCUGAGCACACACCUGAGCAUCUUGAGAUGAAUGCUGAGAAGACACAUGCAGCUGGCACUACAGAAGCACUAGACAUUGAUGAACCAGAAAAUAUCAAAGGAUUUCAAGAACCGAACAUGACUAUAGAAAAAACUUUGAAGAAAAAGCCAUGGAAGAAACCUGGUGCUAACAUAUCAGAUUACUUUAACUAUGGUUUUGAUGAAGAAAGCUGGAACGCCUACUGUCACAAGCAGAUACAAAUCCAUGCAAUUAAUAAAGAGCUUCAUGCAAAAUUCAUGGCCCAGAAGAGGCACACUGGACUUGGAGAAGACGAGUCUUCUUCUGGUUAUACUCAUUCAGACAGACCAUCUAAACCUGCCUCCAGAGAUCCACAUGCUGCUGCUGCUGCUAAGACUGGAGGACAACCCAGAUCCAGAAACAGAAAGAAAAAACAUCGAUGUCCCAACAAUACUCAGGUGGAUACUAAGAUGUCCCACAAGGAGGAUAGCAUUACUGCUUAUCAUCUGCCACCACCACCCAAUAUCAGCUCUCCCUUUGCAUAUGUCUCUCCACCAUCUUUCCUUUUCCAAUCGAGACCUCCUCCCUCCUCCUCAACUAUUUUCGACAGUGCACACCCAAAUGACUUUGAUGGUCCCUCAACUUCACUUUCUGCCCAUUCAUCAGGGAGAAUCUUCACCAGAGCUGGAGUGAUUGAUACUACAAGGGCCUGGGAAUACUACACAAGGCAACUAAAGUGUGACAGGCACAAAGACAGAUCCAGGGAGCGUGGUCAUGACAAAAAAAGCAAACGAGGCAGAGCUAGAGAAAAGGAGAGACGUGCUUCUUCACACAACAGGGUGCCUCUGCAGUGAAUGUGUCUGCUGCACAGCUGUGAUCCUCUGGAUUAGGCAACAUAAAGCAGUGGUUCUUGUCCAGUUAUUAAUUCUAUUCUGACAUUGUUUAAUAUAUGUGUGCUUUUUCCAUCCUGUCUCUCUUUCACACACGGAUUUACACAUACCGAUAUGUGUAUAGAAAGCAAAUUUUGCUGGAAAGUGAUACAGUGAUAGAAAAUGUUGGAAGAAAGACAAAAGCUGAACAAAGAAUGAUCAUGAAGGGGAGUGUCGAGAUACACAAGUCUGUUUGCCAGGUGAAACAAGAGAUGUGUACACUGCAUGGUGUUCUUCAGAGUGGUGUAACAUCUUGACCAGACUAUAUAGUAGUGUGCGAUUUCCUGAAGUGUCUAUAGAUGUGAAACAACUGAAUUUAGAAUUGGAUAAUCAGAAUUUAGUCUGUACCUCCACAUGCGGCCAAAAAUGUGUAUCAAGUGUCCAACAAACAUGUUUGAAUUUAUCCACAGUGUUUCCAGAUAACCCGACUGAAGGGAUUGCUGUUGUGCGUGGUUCCCCUCUCGGCUCUCUAGCUGAUAACUGUAAUAUAAACACUGUUAUGACAAAAUGCACAGCUUUUGUGAAGAAAUGCACACUAUUGCAAAAGAGCAUACGGCUAUUGUGACAGAAAUCAAGACUAUUGCAAGACCAGGAGAAAUUAUUGCCGGCAUAUGCAGAACUAUUUUAGCUGCUCUGGUGCAGUGAGAUGAGGGAAUAACUCACUGUAGCUGUUUGCUGCCUAUUGCCAGGAAAUAAUUGAGUCUACACUCUGCAUGGAAUUUUUACCCGUCCUCUCUGUGGCUCACUGCUGAUAAGAGCGAAUCUGAUUUCCACUCCAAAAUUUCACGUAGUGCCCUACUACCCUACAGUCUGACAGCCUGAGUGCUGCUGCGUACUCAAACAUUCAUGCUCACAUGUGUGCACAAGCCAAAUCUUGCCCUACAUUUUCUCUACACUCAGUGAUGACCUUUACCCAGAUGUCUAUUUAAUUAAUAUCAACUCAGACAGCUGCCAACUAUAAUACACAGAGCCACAUCUUUCCUCCUCCUCGCGUACUCCUCAGCUCAGACCUGAGGCUCAUGACUGUAUAAAAGACUGAGCGUUCCUGUUUUAUUGUGACAGAGCAUUUCUCACCAAAAUAGGUACCAAGGAUACUCCUGCCAUUGCCCUCGCUUGAGGCACUAACCUAAGAUCUGUCAAAGCUGCCUUCUGUCUCAAAAUACUUAACACUAAAAACACCUGCAGUCUGUGACUGAAUUUGUAGAAUAUUUUUUUCUCAGUCUGUCUGUGGUUUCAAAACCCAUAAUACCAUACUGUUGAUACCAACGGAUUUCUGUGUCAGCUACUGUUGGAGCCUCAUUGUUAAUUAACUUGCAUGGAAAUAAGUGCAAAAUAGCAAAAAAUGACAAACUGAAGCAUCUUUCAGUACUGCGCUCUGUUAAAAUAUCCUCGUACACAGUUCUGCUUUUCAGCACUUUCUCUACUUGAAGUGGUGAGCUGUUCCUGGAGCAUUUGUGCACUAGAUGACUGAAUUCAGGUUUACAUAUUAAGCUCAGAACAAUCUUGUGGGUCAAAUAAGGAAAAUGGGACAUGGGGACGGCUGGGGAACUGUAGGCAAAGUGCAGGAAGAUAGGAAGAAUCAUGGUCAUGUGUCUGACAGAUGCAGAGGGAAUGAACAUGAGGAUUUAGUGAUACUACAGAUUUGCUUUAAUGUCACAGUCACAGAGGACAGUUCCUGUGGCCAAAUGUGUCAUGCUCACACCUUCUGGGCUCUGUUUGUGCUACGUUCUAGUCACAUGACCAAGCUCCGUAUUGUGCAUGUCACACACACUGGUUAUAUGUUUUCUGUAACAUUGAUUUAUGGCUGUGCUCUGACCUAUUUUUAGCCUGGAAACUAGUGCGAUUUAUUAUUGUGUGUUCAGAAGAGGAGCCUUACCCACCUUCAUUACUAGCCACCUCUUAUUGUU